AUGCCACUGCUACGAUUAUUGCCAUUUUUGGCCGUGCUGACCACCGCCGCCGUGGUCUCGGUCCCGGCGCAGGAUGCGCUCGAUAUCUCUACGUUCCCGGUCCAGCAUUUGCCUCGCUAUCAGGAGGAAUCUGCCCUGACCCUGGCCGUUUCGGCUCCCGCCGGUGGUCCUUAUUUGACCUUCCCAAUCGCUCCGUUCACUCAAGAAGCAGGCUUGAAUGCCUCGCAGUCGCAGAGAGGGAUGGUCCGCAUAGAAGGUCAGAUGAUGGUGGCUACACAGCAGACAUAUGCUGAUUUAGUCUACUCGGGCGCCGUCGCUUAUCUGUGCUGCGAUCCUCUGAACAACUCCAACGUCACACCCGAGAUGAUGCUCAGAACAAUUAUCGAGAACCAGCCCAAGGCGAUAUUACUGUACACCCAACAGGGCAACUGUUGUAAUGUUACGGGCCUGGGAAGCCGAUCGCUCUAUCAGAAAGUGUUUACUAUGAUUGAUGCAGCUGAGGCUUCGGCAACGUUAAAUCUUUCGACAUCGGCAAACGGCGCACUUCAAGCUGUCAUUUCGGGAAAUUCGACACGGUCCGAUGGCGACGACACUGGCCAGACCGGCAAUAAUUCUGCCGUGGCUAUGAGCGUUCUCUACAGCAUCACCGGCCUGAUCACCUUACUGUUCCUCGUCAUAAUAGCAAUAGGAGCUGUACGCGCGCAUCGAUAUCCGGAGAGGUACGGCCCCAGGAACGCAGACGACGGAAGGCCCAGGCAGAGCAGAGCCAAGGGCCUUGCGCGUGCCGUGCUGGAUACACUCCCAAUCGUGAAGUUUGGGGCGCCGGCACCCACCGAGGGGAAGCCCGACCCAUCAUUGGAACUCGGGAAUGGCGGGUCGGAGCCUGGCAAGAGGAACAUGUCCCCGAACCACGUCCAAGUCCACCACCUUUCCACGAUUCCCGAAGAUGCGGAAGCCAUUCCGACGGGAACGAACUCUCCAAUGAGGGAAUCGCGCAUGGCUCCUGCCCAAGCGUACGACGCUGCCACGGCAGCCCAAGGUCAGACAGAGCCACUCGGUGACGAGCACCUCGGGUGCUCAAUAUGUACAGAGGACUUUUUGGUCGGCGAAGACGUCCGCGUACUACCGUGCGAUCACAAGUUCCACCCUUCAUGCAUUGAUCCGUGGUUGAUCAAUGUCUCGGGCACAUGCCCCUUGUGUCGACUUGACCUUCACCCGCAUAAGAGUACUGAUGAGGAAGACGAGAGCGACUCAACACAGCUCCCUCCGCCACUAGGAGCCGAUCCGGAAUUCGAGGUCGAUGCACGCGGCACAAACCGUGACAAUCGACGGUCGUCACGAUUCUUUGACAUUCAUAGACUGAGACAUGCUUCAGCUGAAGAACGAAUCGAAGCUCUGAGACGAUAUCGUAGAGAAUCACAAGAGGGCCCAGCUGCAGAAAUAAAUGCCGACGAUGAGAACAGUCGCACCUCACGGCUGACUGCCCGCCUCAAAGAAAAAUUCAGGGUACUCACACGAGUGCAGCCACCUGGACAUCAGAGACAAGGGCCGACGUAG